AUGACCGUCUCCAGAGCCUCACCCGAUGGGAAGAUUAGCGACCGAGAUGUUGCCGCCAAGUUGGUCAUUAUUAUGGUCGGCCUCCCAGCGAGAGGAAAAUCAUACAUCACCAAGAAGGUCCAGCGAUACCUUUCUUGGCAACAGUACAACUCUCGUAUUUUCAACGUCGGAAACCGGAGACGUGUGGCGGCUGGCCUGGCUUCGCCAAUGAAGUCGCCUUGGGCCCCCUCGCCCCUCAAGUUCGACCCCCCAACUCAGGCUGCCUCCAUUCUCUUGAACGGCCACUCUACUCAGGGCAAUAAGGAGCCCACUGAGCUGAACCUGAACACCCCGGACUCGAACGAGACAAUGGACCAAUCGGCCAAGUUUUUUGAACCGACCAACGAGACUGCAUCCAAGAUCCGCGAGCAAGUGGCUCUUGACACUUUGGACGAGCUUCUGGACUACCUCCUUCACCAGGGAGGCUCUGUCGGUAUUCUUGACGCAACCAACAGUACCAUUCACCGCCGUCAACUCUUGGUUGACCGAAUCAAGGAGAGGGAGCCUAAGCUUGGUAUCCUUCUGAUUGAGAGUAUUUGCCAUGACCAGAACCUGCUGGAGGCAAACAUGCGCCUGAAGCUCUCAGGCCCCGACUACAAGGACAAGGACCCGCAUCAAUCCCUUAUCGACUUCAAGAAGCGCGUUGCCGCUUAUGAGAGUGCCUAUGUUCCCAUUGGCGAAUAUGAGGAGGCUCAUGACAUGCAGUAUAUUCAGAUGAUCGAUGUUGGUCGCAAACUUGUCCAACAUAGACUACGUGGAUUUUUGAGCGGAGGUAUCAGCUCGUAUCUCACAACAUUCAACCUAGCGCCGCGGCAGAUAUGGCUUACCCGACACGGACAGAGUGUUGACAACCGCCUCGGAAAACUUGGCGGAGAUUCGGAUUUGACCCCCGAGGGCGAGCAGUACGGCAAGGCUCUUCAUGACUUUAUCACUCAAAAGCGCAAGGAGUGGCUCAUCGAGCAGAAGGACAAGAUUGCCCAAUCAUCCUUCCCGCCCAAGGCUGGCGACCACACCCCGCCUUACCCUGAGCUCAAUCGCGAACUGGAGGAGAAGAACUUUUGCGUGUGGACAUCGAUGCUGAAGCGCAGCGUCCAAACCGCCGAGCAUUUUGAAGCUGACGACGAUUACGACGUCAAGAACUGGGCCAUGUUGAACGAGCUCAACGCGGGCUUGUUCGAGGGCAUGACCUAUGAGGAAAUCGCGAGAAGAUUUCCUGGAGAGUACAAGAAGCGAGCCGAAGACAAGCUUCACUACACCUACCCCGGCGUUGGAGGUGAGGGAUACCUCCAAGUCAUCGCCCGCCUACGCGACAUGGUGCGCGAAAUCGAGCGUAUCGAAGACCACGUCCUCAUUAUUGGUCACCGUUCAGUUAUUCGCGUUCUCAUGGCAUACUUUAUGGAUCUUACCCGCAAUGAGAUUGCGGAUCUGGAUGUGCCGCUGGGCAUGCUCUACUCUAUUGAGCCCAAGCCUUACGGCUACGAUUUCCACGCAUACCGCUAUAGCGCGGACAAGGCGACAUUCGCCGAGAUCCCCAACUACCGCCCGCAGCGCACCGUCGACCGCGCUGCGUAA